AUGGCAUCAAUUACCACGUUGGCUAGUCUGAUUGCUGUAGGUGCUGGAGGAGCACUUGCUCUCGACAAUGGCUUCGGGAGGACGCCUGUCAUGGGCUUCAACACCUACAACGACGUGGGCUGUUCACCGAACGAGGGCUACAUGAACAGCACCAUGCAAUCCUUUGCAGACCGAGGCUUUCCAGCACUGGGGUACAGAUACUUCCAGCUCGACUGUGGCUGGCAAGGCUUCAAUCGACAGUCUAACGGAUCGCUCACCUACGAUGCAAGCGUCUUUCCCAAUGGCAUUGCUCCCCUGAGCAAGAAAGCCAGAAGUCUUGGCAUGCGGUGGAGCAUGUACACCGACCAGGGGAAGUUCUCUUGUGAUACCAGGUCGGCAGCGGAUGGGCUUCGUCCAGGCUCGCUUGGGUUUGAGAGGCAGGACGCUUUGCAGUUCGCGGGGUGGAAUGUCGAUUAUAUGAAGGUCGACAACUGCUAUAUCGAGGGCAGUGAUAACAACGCGCCUAAGGAUGCACGAUCCGAUUUCCCUGCACGAUUCGGUGCCUGGUCCAAGGCUCAGCAGGAUGUGGGCAUCAAGGGUAUGCUCAUCUGUCAAUGGGGUACUCCUUACAGCAGUCCGACUGGUCUGCAUGGACCAGCUGAGUGGAUACCACCUAUUGCCAAUUCUUUCCGUGUGUCCGAUGACAUUGCUCAGGGCUGGGCAAAUGUCAUGCGAAUCCUGAACGAGGACAUCAACGUCAAUCUCAGAGGCCUCAAUGGACCUGGUCGUUUCUCUGAUAUGGAUCUCCUCGAAGUCGGUAACCCUGGCAUGUCCGAUGCCGAGCAGGCCAGCCACUUCGCAGUGUGGGCUAUGUUCAAGAGCGCCCUCAUGAUCUCCACCGCCGUGCCUACAAUGUCCGCCAGGACCGCUGAGAUCCUCUCAAACAAGGACCUGAUCGCCAUCAACCAAGAUUCCCUCGGCAAACCAGCCGUCCUCAUCCAACGCUUCACCAACGACCGCGACGUCUACGCCGGUCCCCUCGCCAACGGCGACCGCGCAGUCCUCCUCCUCGACCAAUCAAACACAGCCCGCUCCCUCUCCAUCGACUUCAGCACCCUCGGCAUCGACACCGCAACCGUCAAAAACCUCUGGACGGGCCGCACAACCGCCAACGUCAAAUCCUUCUCCGCCCAAGUCGGCGCUCACGGCUCCCUCCCACUCCGUCUCAGCCAGAUCAAGACUCUCACCACCGCCGCCCCAAAACUCACCUGGAUCGAAGCCGAGUCCGGCACCCUCGUCGGCGGCGCAAACACCCAACCUUGUUCCGGCUGCUCCGGCUCCACCAAAGUCGGCUUCAUCACCAAUACCGGUGGCAGCCUGACUCUCAGCGGGAUUAGGACGAGUCAGGCUACGCAAGAUGUGCGAUUUGAUUAUCUUGACUGUGAGGUUGGGUAUUUGUUCGAUCCUACGGGUAGCCAGAGCAAUGGGUUGAACGUCAGGGGGGCGAGCAUUAGUGUGAAUGGUGGUGCGGGACAGAGCGUGCUGUUCCCGUUGACGGGGUAUAAUUGGGAUAAGGAUGUGGCGAAGAACCAUCUGGUGAGGUUGAGUGGGUUCAGUACGACGGGGACGAAUACGAUUAGGAUUAGUGGGUUGAGUGGGAGUACGCAGUAUGCGCCUGAUUUUGAUCGGGUUGGGGUUAUUGCUUGA